GCCAAGGUUCAGCAAAGGCAGCUUUUGUUUUAUACCAAAAACACGCUCUUGUAGAAGAUGGUAAAAUCGACAAGCGUGACAAGACUGGAUGGUCUGCCGUUGGCUGCCAGUGUGGACGAUGAAUCGACAGAAAGGAAACUAGAAAGCCACAAGAAACAGGCGAAAUUGAUCCUCAAGAGGCUAACCCCAUCAACCGAGAAGCAAGCUUCCAUUGAAGCUGGUGACUAUACGUUUCACUACAUUAUCGAACAUGGAAUUUCGUAUCUUUGUAUUUGUGAUCGAUCGUAUCCUAGAAAGCUUGCAUUUUCCUAUUUGGAGGAAUUAGCUGUUGAAUUUUGGGGCACCUACGGAGAAGAGGCCUUGCAACCAGGGUUGCGUCCCUUUGCUUUUGUACAAUUUGAUAUCUUUAUGCAGAAAUCCAAACGUGUUUAUAAUACACCUCGUGCAAAUGACAAUCUGGACAAGCUAAAUACGGAGCUAAAGGAUGUUACCAGAGUCAUGACCAAAAAUAUUGAAGACUUGCUUUACCGAGGCGAUUCUUUGGAGAAAAUGACCGACUUGAGUUCGGAUUUAAGGUUUUCUAGUGCGAAAUACAAAAAGGCUGCACGCCGUGUCAACUUGGAAGCACUGUGGAAGCAAUAUGGACCUGUCUUUAUUAUUGCUUUUCUCUUUAUCGUCUUUAUCUAUUGGCGCUUUUUUACUUGAUGAAACCUGAUGAGCUUUCUAUGUAUACUUGACUGAGUUGGCAAUGUGGACAAAGAAGGUCGAUGUAAUGUAAGGGUACAGCGAAAAUCUUUUCAAGUUUGAAGGAUCAUCCUUGCUCUCCCUCCGUGUGACAAAGUUGUUUAACGCAUUGUUUUCCAGACAUGUCCAGAAAAAAAAUAAAACAUGAUUUUCGGAAAUGUAUAAUUUUCCAAGUUGAAACAGGAAUGUUCGUAAUAUUUUAGAUUUUGCUUAAUGUUGCUAGAAUAGCAGGCAAUGCCUUUUUAAUCUUUUGCUUCUAAUACGCUUAUUAUAAGAAAUACCGUACUCUUAGGUAGCAAUGGAAUGGAUUGUGAAUGAAAUUGGCAAAUAGACCGAUACAUGGUCUUGUUUUAUUUUUCUACUUUUUUCUUCUCUCUUGUAAGGA